GCGAACGGGAUUGCGCGGAGAGUGCGACCAGGUGACGAGAGCGCGUGCGCGUGCGGCAUGUGGCUGCUGUGGGCCUGCGUGGCGUGCGGCGUGGCGGCGGCCGCGGCCGAGCACUCGCCGAUCUAUGUGGACAACGGCAGCGGCCAGACGGUAGCCGGGGAGGACAUCUCGAAGCGCGAGCGGGCCGAGAUCCAGGAGGACCUGCUGCAGCUGCUGGGCCUGCACCGGCGACCGAGGCCGGCCGUGCAGCAGAUAGGCAGCUCGGCGCCCCAGUUCCUGAUGGACAUCUACAACAGCAUGGUGGACGACGAGGACACAGGUGAUCUGAAACUGAAUCCAGAUGGCGCUGGUGACGCGUGGAGGGACUUCAACAUCACGAACACGGACAAGGAGGUGAUCGACGAGAGUGAUGUCAUCAUGAGCUUCACCAAUCACGGCUCCAAGAGCUUCCAGGAGGUGGACUACGCUCGUAGCCAACUGCUGUGGUUUGACUUGACCGAGGUACCGCUGGACGAGAACCGACUGGUGACCACUCUGCGGGUGUACCAGGGCUACACCGAGACGAGCGCCUUCGACUUCCGUCAGAGCACACUGCACGUCCACCAGCUGAUGCGAGGUGAGAACCAUACGAUCCAUCUGAAGGAGGUGGACCGGCGGCCGCUGGAGCCGGGCUAUGUGGGCUGGCUGACCUUCAACGUGACCCGGGCGGCCGACCUGUGGAGAGUGUUCCCUGACUUCAACCUCGGCCUCUACAUCGAGGUCAUGCUGGAGGACGGCUCGACCGUGGUACCGGCCCAGGCGGGUAUCGUGGACGCGUUCGGCGAGGAGGCACGCCAGCCUUUCAUGACGGCGUUCUUCAAGCAGCCGGCGCAUGACGGCAUGCCGCCGCCGUCCCGGUUCAGGCGUGCUCCCGGCGGCAGACGACGCAAGGACCGCAAACGGAACCGCUCCUCGGAGCCGUACAGCCCGCUGAAGGAGCUGACCGAGAGGCGCGAGUACCGCGUCUGCCAGAAGCAGAACCUCUACGUCAGCUUCCGCGACCUGGGCUGGCAAGACUGGAUCAUCGCGCCAGACGGGUACGCAGCGUUCUUCUGCACCGGACUGUGCGCGUUUCCGCUCAACUCGCAGAUGAACGCCACCAACCACGCCAUCGUGCAGACGUUGACGCACUUGCUGGAGCCUUACACCUACCCCAAGCCGUCGUGCGCGCCCACCAAGCUCAACAGCAUCAGCGUGCUCUACUUCAACGACAACCUCAACGUUAUCCUGAAGAAGUAUAGGAAGAUGGUGGCCAGCAGCUGCGGCUGCCACUGAAGAUGAGGAAACGGUGGGUGCACGGGCUCGCCGAACGCCAAGGCCAGGACAGGGGUCGCCCGGGGGUGACGGUGCGGCGAUCUCCCCCGGACUCUCGCCACGCACCGCCCUCAGCGCCGGCGGGAGAGCGCCGGAGCUGCUCACUUCGGCGUCGGCCGGCGGCAUGGGCCGGCCUGGGCUGGCAGUGCACGGGUCCGCCGACGCACCAACGUCUUCAGUGUGGUGCCGGCAGGCGGGUGGUCUGCAGUGAGGAGCGGCGUCGCGCCGUCAGCGGAGGGGCUGGAGGGCGGAGCGCGGAGGACGGUCACAGCAGGGAGCGGCGGCGCGCCGGCCGGCAGGCAGCCUGAGGACGUGCGAGUCGGGAGGGGGCCGCCGCGCCGCGCGGCAGUCAUGCGCAUUGUCGUCAGCACGCCAGGACUGGACGCCGAUCAGAGCGAGCUGCGAGGAUUGACGUACGACCGUCAGCAGCAGCUCGCACGGCGCCG